ACCGCCGCCCUCCGAUCCCUCAUGGCCGCUGCCACUGCCACUGCCACCGCCGCCGCCGUCGCGCUCGCCUCCCCGGCGGCCAUCCGCGCAUCGCCGGUGCGCCGCGGCCUCGUCAGCUUCGCCCCUGCGCUCCGCUCCGGCCCCGACCGCAUCUCCCGCGCCGUCGCCCUCCCUGGUGUAAGAACUCAUGUUACGGCUGUUGAUCAAGUUAUUGUACAAGGGGAGACAAAGUUGGAAGGUCCUGUGGUUGUUGUUACUGGUGCUUCCAGGGGGAUUGGAAAAGCCACUGCAUUGGCUCUUGGAAAAGCAGGCUGCAAGGUCUUGGUGAAUUAUGCCCGAUCUUCAAAGGAGGCCGAAGAAGUCUCAAAGGAGAUUGAAGCAUCCGGAGGCCAGGCCAUUACCUUUGGAGGAGAUGUUUCCAAAGAGGCUGAUGUUGAAUCUAUGAUAAAAAUGGCUGUUGAUACAUGGGGAACCAUUGAUGUGCUAGUAAACAACGCAGGAAUCACACGGGACACAUUGUUGAUGAGAAUGAAGAAAUCGCAAUGGCAAGAUGUGAUUGAUUUGAAUCUUACAGGCGUUUUCCUUUGCACGCAGGCUGCAACAAAAGUAAUGAUGAAGAAGAAAAAGGGAAGAAUUAUCAACAUAGCAUCGGUUGUUGGUUUAACCGGCAAUGCUGGACAGGCUAAUUACGCUGCUGCCAAGGCUGGGGUUAUUGGGUUCACGAAAACAGUUGCUAGGGAGUAUGCCAGCAGAAAUAUUAAUGCAAACGUUAUCGCUCCUGGCUUUAUUGCAUCAGAUAUGACUGCUGAACUUGGAGAAGAGCUAGAGAAGAAAAUUCUGUCAGCUAUUCCCUUAGGGCGAUAUGGUCGGCCAGAGGAUGUAGCAGGUCUGGUGGAAUUCUUAGCCCUCAGCCCAGCUGCAAGCUACAUCACUGGACAGGUCCUCACCAUCGAUGGAGGGAUGGUAAUGUAAAGGCUUUGGUAAACUCUUCAGGCUUCAAAUUUGUGCCUCUGCGGGCCUCUAUUAUGUGUCGUCAAAAAAAAUGUGAUUCAGUUUUGCGGGUCAUCUUUUGUGUGCAACGAUCUGUAUUAUCUAGUUCGAAGGGACAGUUGUAAGAGAUAAUACUAGAAAUUUAUAGACGUAUAUUUAGCUUUCUUUCUGAGCGAUUGGCAGAUUGCUUCCAGCUCCAGCCAUGUUUUCUGGUAUAUCGGCAUGCCUUUUCUUCUUCUGGAAAAAGUCCUUGAUAUAUCGCA